AUGGACAAAUCAAUAUUUUUGGUUGUGUUCCUCAUAUACGGACAUUUUACCAUAAAUAUGCUAAGUUCCCAAGCAAGUGCAUUUGGGUUAUUUGAAGAAUGUGUAGUUCCGCCUUUAGUUUGCCCGAAUGAAAAUAUAACGUUUUGGCUAUACACCAGGGCCAACAGAGAUACUCCUCAUGAACUAACAGUUUCCGACCCAGAUUCUAUUAUUACAGCGCCAUGGGUUGAAAACAGUCCAGUUAAGGUUCUUAUACAUGGAUAUACAGGAUAUAAAGAUUAUUCACCUAAUACGGAAAUAAGGCCAGCAUACAUGGAAUGUUGUGACUACAAUAUAAUAUCUGUAGACUACAACAAGUUAGCCCUGGAACCUUGUUACAUACAAGCUGCCCAAAACACUGAAUUGGUAGGAAUGUGUCUAGCCCAGUUAAUUGACGAGUUGGUUCAGAACUAUGGAUUUAAGCUGCCACAGUUUCAUAUUAUAGGAUUCAGUCUCGGCGGACAAACAGCCGGUCAAGUUGCUACAUAUUUGAAAUCUGGAAAACUUGACAGAAUUUCUGGGCUUGAUCCCGCGUUGCCUUUAUUUGCAACGAUAAACAAAACGAGAAAAUUGGAUUCAUCUGAUGCACAAUUCGUUGACGUUCUUCAUACUAAUGCAUUAGCAAAAGGAAAAUUUGAAGCAAGUGGUCACGCAGAUUUUUACCCUAACGGAGGAAUUAUGCAACCUGGUUGUAUGUCUACUGAAAAUCAAACGAAGUCUAGCUGUGAUCACGCACGGGCUCCACUCUAUUACGCAGAAUCAAUCAUAACGGAUAUUGGGUUCUACGCAACCAAGUGCUCAUCGUGGAUAGCCUAUGUGAUAGGGUGGUGUAGCUUAACGUCUAAUGAGGAGGUUAUCUAUGGCGAGUAUACUCCGAAAAACACUACAGGCUUAUACUUCUUUAGUACUAACUCGGAGCCGCCCUAUGCUCGCGGCCCUCAAAAUACGGACAGAGGCUAUUUUUGAAGAAGUUACCACAAAUAGUAAAUUUUGUUGAUUUGUAUUUGAAAUAAAAAUAAAUAAUGUUUGAAAAAUA